GCAGUUAAAUAUAGCUCUGGGGCCGGGCCCCACCCCAGUGGGUCUGCCUUCUGGUCAGGGUGUGCCUGCCCCCCUGCUGUCCACUGCCGUCCUCGCUCCACGCCUGCGGCCAGCCCCGCAGCUCUGAUCGCAUCGUUAGGCCUGACCCUGCCCGCUGGGAGUCUCUUGCGGCCUGAGACCUCUCCCCAGAGCUCUCAGCAUGUCCACCGCGCCCCGCCUCCUGCACCAGGAGCUGUCCUGCCCGCUGUGCCUGCAGCUGUUCGACGCGCCCGUGACCCUCGAAUGUGGCCACAGUUUCUGCCGCGCCUGCCUGGGCCGCGUGGGCGGGGAGCCGGCCCCGGACGGCACGGUGCCCUGCCCCAGCUGCCAGGCACCCACGAGGCCGCAGGCGCUCAGCACCAACCUGCAGCUGGCGCGCCUGGUGGAGGGCCUGGCGCAGGUGCCGCAGGGCCACUGCGAAGAGCACCUGGACCCCCUGAGCGUCUACUGUGAGCAGGACCGCGUGCUCGUGUGCGGCGUGUGCGCCUCGCUCGGCUUCCACCGCGGCCACCGCCUGCUGCCCGCCGCCGAGGCCCACGCGCGUCUCAAGACUCAGCUCCCGCAGCAGCAGCAGCAGCUGCAGGAGGCCCGGGCACACAAGGAGAAGAGCGUGUCCGUGCUGGAGCACCAGCUGGUGGAGGUGGAGGAGACGGUGCGGCGGUUCAGGGGCGCCGUUGGGGAGCAGCUGGGCAAGAUGCGGCUGUUCCUGGAUGCCCUGGAGGGCUCGCUGGACCGGGAGGCAGAACGCGUGCGGGGCGAGGCCGAGGCUGCCCUGCGGCGGGAGCUGGCGGGCCUGCACUCUUACCUGGAGCAGCUGCGGCAGAUGGAGAAGGUGCUGGACGAGGUGGCUGACAAACCACAGACCGAAUUCCUCAUGAAACACUGCCUAGUGACAAGCAGGCUGCAGAAGAUCCUGGCAGAGUCACCUCCCCCUGCCCGUCUGGACAUCCAGCUGCCUGUCAUUUCGGACGACUUCAAAUUCCAAGUGUGGAGGAAGAUGUUCCGGGCUCUGAUGCCAGUUUGAGACCUUCCUGUUCUCCAUCACCUGGACGACUUUCUCUGACAAGGUUCUGGGAAAAGAUCCAGACCCACGGCUCUCCAGCUCCACUGUGGCCUGCUCUUAAGUCCCCCUUCCUCUUGCUCUGCCUGUGACAGGAAGUGUCAGAAACAGCAGGUUCCUUCCUUCGAGAUGCUCUCGAGAUCCAGCUUCCUUCCCUCCUGGGUUCAGGCCGCCUUUCUUGUUUCUGUUCUCUGUUGCGUUCUGCGUCCUGUGUACUGUGGAUUGAACCCAAGCCCUCCACACUGAACUAUAACCCCAGUUCCUUUUUAUUUUUU